UGCUAUAAAAGCUGUCAGUGGGAACCUCCCUGGCACCGCUGGUCCGUCUCUACUUUGGGCUUCAUGCCUGGCACGCACAGCGCAAAGGAUAUUCACCAGGAAAUCAUCUGUUCUACUCCUCCUGCCUGCUCCUCUCGUGCUGCAGCAUUCACUGAGCUCCAGCCCCUGAUGGCGAACCCCGACCCGCCGACUGAGCGUGACGACUCCCCAGUGGACAAAGACCCCGAGCAGCCGGGGCCAAGGAACCAGCAGAGGGCCAGGGCCUGCUUCCUCAAAGGACUCUCUUAUUUCUCUGGAGACAUGAAGGUGUUUGGAAAAUGGAUGGAAAGGCAGUUUUUCCUGCUGCAGUUGCUGGACUGGGUUCUGCGUGGAGCUGCUCAGGUGAUGUUUGUCAACAACCCUCUAAGCGGCCUCAUCAUUUUUGCUGGUCUCAUCCUGCAAAACUACUGGUGGGCUCUCAACGGCUUUGUGGGCACCCUCUUUGCCACCAUUUCUGCCCUCAUUCUGCAACAGAACAGGGGUGCAAUAGCCUCGGGGCUCUAUGGUUACAACGGCAUCCUGGUGGGUCUGCUGAUGGCGGUGUUCUCCGACAAAGGAGACUGGUACUGGUGGCUCAUGCUCCCAAACAUCUUCCUGUCCAUGAUGUGUCCGAUCGUGUCCAGUGCCCUGGCAUCCAUUAACAGUCGAUGGGAUCUGCCAGUGUUCACGCUGCCCUUCAACAUCCUGGUGUGUCUCCACAUAGUUGCCACUGGCCACUACAACCACUACUUCCCCCAAGUCCUCAUUCAGCCGCGCACGGAGCUGCCCAACAUCACCUGGGCUGACAUCGACGUGUCCCGGCUGUUCAUGUCGGUGCCUGUGGGAGUCGGCCAGGUCUACGGCUGUGACAACCCGUGGACCGGAGGAAUCUUCAUUAUCUCACUGUUCAUCUCCUCCCCUAUCACCUGCGCUCAUGCCGUCCUGGGAUCUGCCGUGGGCAUGGUUUCAGGUUUGGCCUUGGCAGCCCCCUUUGGAGACAUUUACUUUGGCCUCUGGGGAUACAACUGUGUGUUAGCCUGCAUUGCCAUCGGAGGAAUGUUUUACGCUCUCACCUGGCAGGUGCAUCUCCUUGCCAUCGCGUGCGCUUUCUUCUGCGCGUACCUCGGCUCAGCCAUUGCUAACAUCAUGUCAACGUUUGGGCUGCCAUCCUGCACUUGGCCUUUCUGUCUCUCUGCUCUCACUUUCCUCCUCUUAACCACGGGAAUCAGCAGGAUCUACAAGCUGCCACUGGCCAAAGUCACCUACCCCGAGAAAAACCUGCGCUACUACUGGAAGCUGAAGAAGCAGGAGAAAAUACAAAUGGCUGACAAGGAGAGGAUGGAAAGUGAGGAGGAGCAGAAACAUGUCAAAGAAGAGAUGAUGGUGAACGAGAAAGACCAACUGAGGCAAAAACUUGAGAGAUUGGAAGAACAGAGAAGCGCAGGUGAGGCAUCGGACGAUAAAGAUGAAGAGACACGUGUCAAAAGCCAUCCCCCCGCGGUCAAACUGCUUGGUACUGAAGAUGUCAGACACAGUGAUCUAACCGAGGUCACUGUUGCUGAUUCUGUUUAAUUCUGCAUGUCUGCAGUAGGAGACAUAAAAAGAUGACAGAGAAAUUCAAAUUGAUAAUUAGCAUGAAGAGCUAAUUAUGGUGGUAUAAAAUACAAAAUGGUGGUAUAAAAUACAAAAUGUUAGUGUAAAAAUAAAAUAGACAUGCUUUCAAAAAUGGAGACGGAACCACCUGGACACUUCCGCCAGAGAAGAGGUGUUUGUAUCAGAAUCAGAGUUCAUUUAACGUGUAUGUAAAUGAACUUGCUGUUCUGUUCCUGACCUCCCAGAUUCAAAGGCCAGCUGUCUGUUGCAGGCUGAUGUUCUAAUGUCUGUUGGACACAGUACAAAACCUCUGCCACAACUUGGUGCUUGCAGUUUAUAUGGAAAAGAUGAAUGUCAUAUGGUUCCCCAGGUGAUUGUGUGACAGGGGUGCACUUGGAAUGGAAUCAUUAAAUGUUUUUGAAUAUAUUCACCUUCCUAUUUCCAAGUUUUAAAGAGCCUAAUUACCUCUCUAAAUGUAGAUGUCCUUGAAGGAGACAAUACCUACAGUAUAUUACAGCCUGAUAUGUAUUAACAUGUAUUGGCAUGACACAACCUGAAGGACAUCAAAUGGCCGCCAUGUUUUUGUUUGUAUGUAAUUCCAAAUAUAUACAUAACAUGUCAUCAUUGUAUACAAGUUGUAAUGUUAUAUUAAUGUUAUUUUAACAUUUUAACAUUAUUCUGUACUAUUGUAUUUUUUUAUCAUCAUGUCAAUAAAGCAACUUUGAA